UCGCGGGGCGGGAGGCGCCCGGCGCCCCUCCCUGCCGUGCCCUCCCCUCCCCUCCCCCACGGGCUCCCUUCCGCAGCCUGACAGGGCCGCGGCGUCGCGACUCCGGCGCCGCAAAGCGUCCUGGGAGCGCCGGCUCGCGCCGGAAGGACGCGCGGGCGCGCGGCGGCGGCGAGGUUAUAAAAGGGAAGAAGCCAGCGGCGGACGGAAGUGGGCGGUUCUGCUGCUCUGCGCGCUGUUGUUUGGUGUUUGUGCCUCCGGAGGGGCGUUCUCUGGAGGGCUGCCGGUGCAGGCCGCAGUGACAGGGCCGCUCGCCGCCGCGCUCCCCUCCUAUCGCCCGGUGCAGCGUCUGCUCGCGGCCGCCGCGUUCUGCAGGCCCAACAUGGCGCAGGAGGUGUCGGAGUUCCUGAGCCAGAAUCCGCGGGCGGCCGCCUGGGUGGAGGCUCUGCGCUGCGAGGGCGAGACUGACAAACACUGGCGCCACCGCCGGGAGUUUUUGCUCCGCAACGCCGGGGACCUCGCCCCCAUUGGCGGCGCUGCCUCGGCUAACACGGAUGAAGCUGCUGACGCCGAGAGCGGGUCCCGCAAUCGACAACUGCAGCAGCUCAUCUCCUUUUCCAUGGCGUGGGCAAACCACGUCUUCCUCGGGUGCCGAUACCCUCAAAAAGUUAUGGAUAAAAUACUUAGUAUGUCUGAAGGCAUCAAAGUGACAGAUGCUCCAAUCCAUACCACAAGAGACGAACUGGUUGCCAAGGUGAAGAAAAGAGGGAUAUCGAGUAGCAAUGAAGGGGUAGAAGAGCCAUCCAAAAAACGAGCCUUAGAAGGAAAAAACAAUUCGGCAGUUGAGCAAGAUCAUACAAAAAUUUCUGCCAAGACAGACCGAGCAUCAGCUCAGCAGGAGAACAGCUCUACAUGUAUGGGGUCGUCCACCAAAUCAGAGAGCAGUGGAAACUCAACCCGGAGCUCUGGCAUUUCCAGUCAGAAUAGCUCUACAAGCGAUGGAGACCCAUCCAUUUCCAGCCAAAGCAGCAGCAGCAUGUCCUCUCAGGUAACAACAGCUGGAUCUGGAAAAGCUUCUGAAUCAGAAGCUCCAGACAAACAUGGCUCAGCAUCAUUUGUUUCUUCAUUACUGAAGUCCAGUGUGAAUAGUCACAUGACCCAAUCCACUGAUUCCAGACAACAAAGUGGAUCACCUAAAAAGAGUGCUUUGGAAGGCUCUUCAGUAGCAGCUUCUCAAAGUAGCUCAGAGAUUGAGGUGCCCUUGUUGGGCUCCUCAGGAAGCUCAGAAGUAGAGUUGCCAUUGUUGUCUUCUAAAUCUAGUUCAGAGACAACUUCAAGUGGGUUACCUUCUAAAACUAGUUCAGAGGCAGGUGUUUCAUCAUCAGUUUCUAAAAACAGUUCCUCAUCAGGCACAUCCUUACUGACUCCCAAGAGCAGCUCCUCAACAAAUACAUCACUGUUAUCUUCCAAGAGCACUUCCCAGGUAGCUGCAUCACUAUUAGCUUCCAAGAGCAGCUCCCAGACCAGUGGAUCUCUGGUUUCCAAAAGCACUUCCUUAGCAAGUGUGUCCCAGUUGGCUUCUAAGAGUAGUUCUCAGACUAGCACCUCACAGUUGCCUUCUAAAAGUACUUCACAGUCAAGUGAGAGUUCUGUCAAAUUCUCUUGUUGCAAGUUAACCAAUGAAGAUGUGAAACAGAAGCAACCUUUCUUCAAUAGACUGUAUAAAACGGUGGCAUGGAAGUUGGUAGCUGUUGGUGGCUUUAGUCCCAAUGUGAAUCAUGGAGAGCUGCUAAAUGCAGCCAUCGAGGCUCUGAAAGCAACACUGGAUGUGUUUUUUGUCCCACUAAAAGAACUGGCAGAUCUGCCUCAAAAUAAGAGCUCUCAAGAAAGUAUUGUUUGUGAAUUGAGGUGCAAGUCUGUGUAUUUGGGCACUGGCUGUGGAAAAAGCAAAGAAAAUGCAAAAGCAGUUGCGUCAAGAGAAGCAUUAAAAUUAUUUCUCAAGAAAAAGGUGGUGGUAAAAAUAUGUAAAAGGAAAUACAGAGGCACUGAAAUAGAAGAUCUAGUUCUCCUUGAUGAAGAAUCAAGGCCUGUAAACUUACCUCCAGCAUUAAAACAUCCUCAAGAGUUACUAUAAUAUGUCCAAAAUAUCACUGCUUACAGUGUCUGGCAUUUGAAGAGAAAAACUGGCUUACUUUUGUACAGUAUAAAACACAGGCUUUCACAAAUUUUGUAUUGCAUUUUUCCAGUUUUGCAGAAAAUUUACAUUCUGGUUCUCUUCACAGUAGAAAUUGUAAAUAAUUUAUGAAUGACAGUAUACAUUAAAAGGUGUGCAUUAACAGCAUACCAGUAUGCUGUUUUAUUUGCUGAAGAAAAUACUGUCUUCUAUUUUUAAUGAUACAUUAGGUAUGAUGUGUAGUCCUGUAGAGUCUUAAAAUUUUUGUACUACUUUCAAUUUGGUGAAAAUGUAUUAAGUUGUCUACCAUACUUUUUUUCCUAGCUGAGUAAAACCACAUCAAAGAAAAGGGACCACAGUAUUUGAAUGUCUGAAAGUCUGUGAAGCCUAAGGUUUUAAAAAUGUUGCCCAUAAUGUUGAACAUGUCUGUUAAAAAAUAAAAGAAAAAAUAGUUGCCUCAGACUAUUUUUAUGAGAAGUUGUAAGCAUUUUUUAGAUAUAAAGCAAGUAUAAAGUACGUAAUUGUUAUUUUAUUCUGAAGUUGUUAAAAAUUCACCAUGAUUUUGACCGCUGCAGAUUCUUUAAGUGGGUUAAUUUAUGUUUUCGGUGGAAUACAAUUUACACUUUUUCUUAAAGGAUAUAAAUGUGGGUUUCUAUACUAAGCAUAUUUUGUGACUACUAUUAACAGAUUGAUUUGUUUAGAUAUUAAAUGCUUUAAGCUAUUUUACCUUUUCAAGAAGUUGUGUUUUUCUUCCCUCCUAAGUCAGAACCAAUACCUGCAAAAGGCUUCCCACUACUUGUCAUUGUCAAUUACAACCAGGUAAUUUUUUUUUUUCUAUUUUUUUUAAGUUUCCCACAGUGCUAACCAGGUAAUUUUUCAUAGUGAUAAUACAAGUUUUUAUGGGUAGGCAAGUUACAAUUUUCAAAUCUAGAACUUGAUGGUUUUUGUAUUUACAAAUCUCAUGGAGUACUACUGGGAAGAAUAGACAGCCACAUUCAACUCUUUAAUGAGCCUGUUCAAUUGAAUUGCAUUUGUUAGAGAUGGAAUUUUGUUUCUGUGUCUUAGGUGACUCUAUUUCUCUAUUGCGAUAUAUUCUGUGUAUUUUUCUUCAAACUGGCCCAGGAUGAUUUGUUACCUUUGUGGCCUUCUGGCUUUUUAGAUGCUAUUUUUAGAUGCUGCACAUUGAGCACUAAUAGUGAUAAUGUACAGAGAAAAGAAAUGGCCUCUUACAGGCCAGGUAUAUUGGGAUAAGAAAAUUGAACAUAAGUAGCACAACUUAAGCAUGUGGAAAUUACUCCUGUUCUGUAUUCUAGGAAUAAUGGACAAAGAUACUUUAGCUUCUUAUGCUUGAAUGAUCAAGGAUGUUUUUAUUUUACUAGACAACCUUUCAAAAUGAUUGCUUUCUGAGGAUGUUUAAUUGGACACCAAAGCUAAAAUCCAUAUACUGUGACCAGGUCGCCUUUAUUGUGGAAAGCAAUAACAUGAAUGUAUUGUGAAAGUCCUUUUAAUUCACUUUCCUCAGUCUUGGAGAAAGUGUAUUUUGUGGGACAAUGAUUAUCAGAAAAGCCAAAAAUUAACAAAAAAUAAAUAAAUUUCUGUAAUGGA